UCCGGCCGUGCGGCGGCUGAGUACUUACGGGCCUGGCGCUCCAUUGCGCAGUACUUAUUCGCCUCCACCCUUGGAGUAGCGAGGCGGGGCCCGGUUCCGUGGGCGGCUUAGGCCCAGCCAAGGCUGAGCCCGGCUGGAGCGGCCGGGUAGUCCCGGGACCGCGGGAGGGAGAUGAGCAAAGCGGAGCAGAGGCCUCUGGAGCCCUCCCCGAGCAUCGCUGUUGGCCCGGUAUUGAAUAAAAUAUGCUGUUGUCAAUAGGAAUGCUGAUGUUGUCUGCCACUCAGAUAUACACUAUUGUGACUGUGCAGUUAUUUGCUUUCCUGAAUCUUUUACCUGUGGAGGCAGAUAUUUUAGCAUAUAACCUUGAAAAUGGAACCCGGACUUUUGAUGAUCUACCUGCUAGAUUUGGCUACAGACUGCCAGCAGAAGGCUUGAAGGGAUUUCUGAUAAAUUCCAAGCCCGAGAAUGCAUGUGAGCCUAUAGCUCCACCUCCACUGAGAGACAACUCCUCUGGUGCUUUUAUUGUGUUAAUCCGAAGGCUGGAGUGCAACUUUGAUGUCAAGGUCUUAAAUGCCCAGAGAGCUGGAUACAAGGCAGCUAUAGUUCACAAUGUUGACUCUGAUGACCUCAUAAGCAUGGGAUCCAACGACAUUGAGAUUUUAAAGAAGAUUGACAUUCCUUCUGUCUUUAUUGGUGAGAAGUCAGCUAAUUCUCUUAAAGAGGAGUUUACUUACGAAAAAGGUGGCCAUGUUGUGUUAAUCCCAGAGUUCAGUCUUCCUUUGGAGUACUACUUAAUCCCUUUCCUAAUAAUAGUAGGGAUCUGUCUUAUUCUCAUCGUGAUAUUUAUGAUAACAAAAUUUGUUCAGGACAGACACAGAGCAAGAAGGAAUCGGCUUAGGAAGGAUCAGCUUAAGAAACUUCCCGUACAUAAGUUUAAGAAAGGAGAUGAAUACGAUGUGUGCGCCAUCUGUCUGGAUGAAUAUGAGGAUGGAGACAAGCUCAGGAUCCUUCCAUGCUCUCACGCAUAUCACUGCAAGUGUGUGGACCCAUGGCUAACAAAAACAAAAAAAACCUGUCCUGUGUGUAAGCAAAAAGUGGUCCCUUCCCAGGGGGACUCUGACUCGGAGACAGACAGCAGCCAAGAGGAGAACGAAGUGUCUGAGAACACCCCUCUGCUCAGACCUUUGGCCUCGGUCAGCACCCAGUCCUUCGGGGCUCUGUCAGAGUCGCACUCCCAGCAGAACAUGACCGAGUCCUCGGAGUACGAGGAGGAUGACAACGACAACGUUGACAGCAGCGAUGCGGAAAACGGGAUGAAUGAAGAAAGUGUGGUGGUUCAGCUGCAGCCCGGCGAGGACAGGGAGUACAGAGUGGCAAACACUGUCUGAGACUACUAAUGACCCAUAGGUGUAUGAACAAAGAGUUCUUAAGGCUAUUUACAAAUCUUUGCAUAGGGAAUCUCUUUUAAUCUGUAAUCCGUUUGGUUUCUUUGAUAGGAGCAGCAGUUCAUGUAGUAGUACUCUGGUUAAAUCAUUACAGGUAGAUUUAUUUUUGAUUCAGGUAUUCAGUCACACAUUGUCUUCUCAAAACCAACAGUUAAACUGGACUUCACAAUGCUAAUGAAUAAUGUUAAUAGUUUAUAUCAAUAGAAAUAUCGCAGAGACUCUAAAUGUCUCUUGUUGAAGCGGGAUUUCUCUGGAAGUUCUUUUAUUUCCAUUUUGUAGCUACAACUGGGUCAUCCUGAGAGCAAUAUUUAUUACAUGUAGAUAUGUGUUACCCCUUAGGCCCAACAAAAACUGUAUUUGCAUGUUUGUAUAGUUUUCCUAAAAACUUUCACCACUGCUAAAAGGAAAAUGUAGAGCAGAUCAAUAUUCUAUGUGCUGGUAUGUCAAAACAAAGCAGAAGAAAUUCCACUUUUAUCUCAAAGCAGUGACUACAAAUAAUCCUUGGAGUUUGCCAUGGUAGCAGAGUUUAAGCAGUUCCAUUGAGCAAUUCCCAGGAUGAGGAAACUUAGAAUAUAUGUUUAGUUUUGAGCAAUUCACAAGGUCAGGUCCACCAUAAGCACAUAAUUAAUCCCUCCUUGCUACUACUUCAUUGUCUGGUUUCCAGUGAGGAAGUGGGAGUUGGGAGACAACCGAGACAGAGGUUUUGUUCCACAUAGAAAAAGAAGUUUAGGGUAAGUAUUAUACUGAUCCUUGGCUCAUAUACCUCUUACUAAGAGCAUUUUAUGCUGCAUUAGUCUGCUAAACUGUAUAUAAAAAAACGUUCUUUUCAAAUAUCCGAUUGGAAAACAAGUACUUACACCUGUCUCACAGAACUCAGUACUUACCAGUGUAUCACAAAAACGGUAGAUACUAUAUAAUACCUCUGUAACAAUGUAGAAAGUAAAACCAUGCGUAUACUCAAAUGGAGAUUUUUUUUAUAUGGCCUUGACUAAGGAAAGCUUGAAAGAAUGUUAAUAAACAUGUUUUCCACUUUAAAUAUCAAAA